AUGACACACUUAGGUGGCAUCCUCCCAAAAAAAGGGGUGCUACAAUCUCCUAACUUAUCAUCAUUUUCACUAAAUUUGAAUGAGGAUGUUGCAAGUGAUUCCACAUCAUCACAACGACCUAUUGGGGUGAAGAAAGCAAAAUUGAAGAGAAAAAUCGAAGAAGGUUUUUCAUCUGCUAUGCAAAUGGUCCAAUCAGAAAAUAAUCGGCUUGUUGAGUUGUUGGCAAAGUCAGGUGUAGACAGGCAGCGAGAUUUGGAGAUGAAAGAUAAAGCUUUGAAACUAAAAGAAUUUAAAGAAGAAAAUAAAAUUUUAUUGUCGAAUUUAGAUUCAAUUGGUGAUCCAAAUAUUCGUGAAUUUAUUCUACAAGAACAAAAACGAAUAAUGGAUAAGAGAAGUCAACAAUUUCAACAGCCACAACCACAAAAAUCCUCUGCCCCAUACACUCAAUAUUUUAAUGAUAUUGGUGGAUCUGGAAAUGACCUACCAGAGUUAUAUAUUCGAAAUUACUAUGUUAUUGAACAUUGUGUUAUUUAUUAA